GACUGAACUAUUUCACCGGCGCUAAGGGGAGACACUCACUCGUGCACGUCUACAUGUCCGUUCAUUCAGAGCGUGAAAAUAAUUUUAAUUCUUGUGUUUUCUGAUUUUUAAACUGCAGUGUUUAUUAAAAUGGUAUUUUUGCUCUAAACUGAUAUGCAGAAAGGAGUAAAGAUGAAAUCUGAUCAAACCACAGAUGAUUUUACUCCAGGUGAUGUUGUGUUUGCGAAGAUGAAAGGUUAUCCUUUCUGGCCUGCCAGGAUUGCAGAAGGAAAAGCCCCCAAAAAUAAGAUCCCCAUCUUUUUUUAUGGGACACACUCAACAACAUUUCUAUUUCCCAAGGACAUCGUCCACUACUGGCCGAACAAGCAGAAAUAUGCCCAGGCCAACAAACGGGGCGGCUUCGAGGAGGGCAUGUGGGAGAUUGAGAAUGACCCGGGUGUGGGACUCAGAGGUCAAAAGAAAGCAGCGCUAGUGAAACGGCUGUCAGAGAGUCGACUAAAGUGGAAAAACAAGAAGAAGAAGAAAGCAGAAAAUCAGACUGAAGUGAAGAAACCCCCAAAAUCAGCUAAAGAUCCAGUGUCGAAGAGCGAUUCAAAAGCAGCGACGCCACAUAAGAGAGAAACAAAGUCUGAAUCUGUCACACCGAAAGAUGACAAGAACACCGAAACACGGCCGACACGCUCCAGAGAUUCAUCAGCGAAGACCAGCACAGAUAAAAGACGGACAGACAAAGUUGUGCCUGCCAGAAAAAUGACAUCGGUGAAGACGAUCACAACCGGGUGGAGACGUCUGCCAUCCAGCGUCAUAUUAGCUAGACGGAUGGAUGCAGCUAAGACUCUUUCUGCUCACAGGAAACACGUGCUGAAUAGGAAGAUCAUCUCCACGGCCAAGAAAAGGAUUGAUGCUGUUAAUCACAGAAAGCCCUCAAGAUACACACGCUCGACUGCAGAUCCCAUUGAGGCCACUGAUGAUGUCACUGCGAAGCCGCUAGCUCUCAAACGCAAACGGAAGCAAAACGAUUCUGAAGUAAAGGGAGACGCUCCUAUUUCUAUUCCAGCGACAGACAUCUCUGUCUCUUCCACUCCGACAGGCUCGAAGAGAAGACGCCUCACAGAACCUGAGAAGAAGAGUAAGGAUGAUGAGAAAGAGCUGAAGGAGAAGGAGGCUCAAUCAAAAGAGAAAAAUGAAGUGGAGCAAAAGAUUGAGAAGCAGAAUGAGGUAGAGAAGAGCAAUGCUGACAAGAACAAGAUGAUGGAGAAGAAGAAUCAGGCUGAAAAGAUUGUUGCAGAAAAUGAGACCGAAAACAAAGGGGCAAAAAAGAAAGAGUCAGAAAAGAGUGAUGCAGAAAAGGAGAAGUCUGAAAAGAAAGAGACAAAAAAGAUUGAGACAGAAAGGAAAGAGGCAAGAAAUAGUGAAGCAGAAAGCAAAGAGCCAUGUAAGAACGAUUCUGAAAAGAAAGAGGCAGAAAGGAUAGAGACAAGAAAGAGUGAGUCUGAAGUUUUAGUGACAAAAAAUAAAGAGUCUGAAAAAAGAGAGACAAGAAAGAGCGAGUCUGAAAUGAAAGAGGCAAGAAAGAACGAGUCCGAAAAGCAAGAGGCCAGAAAGAGUGAGUCUAAAAAAAGGGAGACAAGAAAGAGCGGGUCUGAAAUGAAAGAGGCAAGAAAAAACGAGUCUGAAAAGCAAGAGGCCAGAAAGAGUGAGUCUGAAAAGAGAGAGACAAGAAAGAGCGAGUCUGAAAUGAAAGAGGCAAGAAAGAACGAGUCCGAAAAGCAAGAGGCCAGAAAGAGUGAGUCUGAAAAGAGAGAGACAAGAAAGAGCGAGUCUAAAAUGAAAGAGGCAAGAAAGAACGAAUCCGAAAAGCAAGAGGCCAGAAAGAGUGAGUCUGAAAAGAGAGAGACAAGAAAGAGCGAGUCUGAAAUGAAAGAGGCAGAAAUGAAAGAGGCAAGAAAGACUGAGUCUGAAAUGAAAGAGGCCAGAAAGAGUGAAUCUGAAAAGAGGGAGACUAGAAAGAGCGAGUCUGAAAUGAAAGAGGCAAGAAAGAACGAGUCCGAAAUAGAGGCAACAAGAAGCAAUUCUGAAAAGAGAGAGACAAGAAAGAGUGAUUCUGAAACGGAGGCAAAAAAUAGCGAGUCUGAAAAGAGAGAGGCAGGAAAGAGCGAGUCUGAAAUGAAAGAGGCAAGAAAGAACGAGUCAGAAAAGGAAGAGGCCAGAAAGCGAGAGACUAGAAAGAGCGAGUCUGAUAUGAAAGAGGCAAAAAGGAAAGAGACAAGAAAGAAUGAGUCUGAAAUUAAAGUGGGAAAAGAUAACGACUCUGAAAAGAGAGAGACAAGACAGAAUGAGUUUGAAAUAGAGGCCAAAAAUAACGAGUCUGAAAAAAGAGAGACAAGAAAGAGCGAGUCUGAAAUGAACGAGGCAAGAAAGACAGACUCUGAAAUAAAAGAGGCCAGAAAGAAUGAGUCUGAAAAAGAGGCAAGGAGGGACGAGUCUGAAAAGAGAGAGACAAGACAGAACGAGUCUGAAAUGAAAGAAGCAAAAGAUAACGACUCUGAAAAGAAAGAGGCCAGAAAGAAUGAGUCUGAAAAAAGGGCAAUAAGGAAUGAGUCUGAGAAGAGAGAGACAAAGAGUGAGUCUGAAAUUAAAGAGUCCGAAAAGAGAGAGGCAAAAAAGAUUGAGUCUGAAAUGAAACAGGCAAGGAAGAACGAGUCAGAAAAGAAAGAGACAAGAAAAAGUGAGCCUGAAAAGAAAGAGGCAGAAAGGGUCGAGACUAGAAAGACUGAGUCAGAAAAGAAAGAGGUAAGAAAGAGCGAGUCCGAAAAAAAAGAGGCAGAAAGGAAAUUGGAGAGAAAGAGUGAGUCCGAAAGGAAAGAGGCAAAGAAGAGUGAGUCAGAAAAUAAAGAGGCAAGAGGGAACGAGUCUGAAAAGAAAGGGGCAAGAAGGAGCGAGUCCGAAAAGAAAGAGGCAAGACGGAGCGAGUCUGAAAAGAGAGAGAACAGAAGGAGCGAGUCUGAAAAGAAAGAGGCAAGAAGGAACGAGUCUGAAAAGAGAGAGACAAGGAGCGAGUCUGAAAAGAGAGAGACAAGAAGGAGCGAGUCUGAAAAGAGAGAACCAAGAUGGAGGGAGUCUGAAAAGAAAGAGGCAAGAAGGACGGAGUCUGAAAAGAAAGAGGCAAGAAGGAGCGAGUCUGAAAAGAGAGAACCAAGAUGGAGGGAGUCUGAAAAGAAAGAGGCAAGAAGGACGGAGUCUGAAAAGAAAGAGGCAAGAAGGAGCGAGUCUGAAAAGAAAGAGGCAAGAAUGAGCGAGAUUGAAAAGAAAGAGGCAAGAAGAAGCGAGUCCGAAAAGAAAGAGGUAAGAAGGAGUGAGUCCGAAAAGAAAGAGGCAAGAAGGAGCGAGUUUGAAAAGAAAGAGGCAAGAAGGAGCGAGUCUGAAAAGAAAGAGGCAAGGAGCGAGUCUGAAAAGAAAGAGGCAAGAAGGAGCGAGUCUGAAAAGAAAGAGGGAAGAAGGAGCGAGUCUGAAAAGAAAGAGGCAAGAAGGAGCGAGUCUGAAAAGGCAAGAAGAAAUGAAUCCGAAAAGAAAGAGGCACGAAGGAACGAGUCUGAAAAGAAAGAGGCAAGGAGCGAGUCCGAAAAGAAAGAGGCAAGAAGGAAGGAGUCUGAAAAGAAAGAGGCAAGAAGGAACGAGUCUGAAAAGAAAGGGGGAAGAAGGAACGAGUCUGAAAAGAAAGAGGGAAGAAGGAACGAGUCUGAAAAGAAAGACGCAAGAAAUAAGUCUGAAAAAGAGGCAAGAAGGAGUGACUCUGAACUGAAAGAGGCAAGUAGAACCGAGUCUGAACUGAAAGAGGCAAGAAGGAAAGAGUCUGAACUGAAAGAGGCAAGAAGGAACGAGUCUGACAAGAGUGAUGAAGAAAAGGAUGCGGUGGAGAAAAACAAGGCAGAAAAGAACAAGUUGCCGGAGAAGAGGAAAGAGAUUAACGAAGAAGAACGGAUAGAGAUGAUGACUAAACCCAAACAGACGAAGAGUUGCGCUCCUGUAUCCUCUGAUGAGACCCAAGAGGAGAAGAAACCCAGAGAUGAAGAGAGGUGUAAGAUCCUGGCAGAGAAGAGGCAGAGUGUGCUGAAGUCUCUGCAGGGUUUGGUCACGUCCACCAGAGGGAAGACUCCGAGCGGCUCUGAGCAAACAACAGAGACUAAGGAGCCACGGAAAGAAAGGAACCACAGGCUGAAGAAACCAGCGGAGGACGAGAAGAAGGACACGGAGAAGAGGAAAGAACAGGAGAAGAGGAAUACUGAGCAGCAGAUUAGUAGCAGUAAAGAAGAAGAGCGCAGAGCUCAUUCUCUCUCCGUCACAGAUUCCCUGCUGUAUCGUCUCCAUGGUGACAUCAGGAUAUCAAUGACGCUAGAAAAUCCGGAUGUCAGUAAGUGUUUAUCUGCGCUGGAUGAGCUGAGCAACGUCCCCGUCUCAUCACGAAACAUCCAGAACCACAGCGAGCUCAUCGACACGCUCAGAAAGAUGCGCUGGUUUCGUGGCAGCGAGGCCAUCAUGUUUAAAGCCUCCAUGCUGUAUCACCGCUUUAAAAACAUCUACCUCAUCGGGGACGCAGAUGAGACCCUGAGCCAGGAGUACAUCAACUCUCUGCAGCAGGAGAGAGAAAGAGAAAUAGAGGAGCGGCACAGAGAUGCAGUGCGGACCGAAGCUGACGUGAGGAAAACACCGGACUUCACUUCUUGUUUUUAACUCUUGCUGCGCUAUUAUUCUGGAAUAAGUCAUUUUAUCCAUCAUCUUCGUUUUAUCCGGCCACUGAGGGUGUUUUUUAUUCACACUGGGAUGAAGAAGAGUGUUUCCAGCGCAGGGUUUUCCUCUCAGACUUUUAAUGCGAUGACGUCAGUGUUUUUCAUCAUCACACAGGCAGUAAAACACACAUGAUGCACUAUAGAGCAGUUAUAUUUCUCACGUCUGCGUUUAUCCUGUCAGUUCAUUUCGAAGUGAAGGCGGCGUUACUGUUGUGAAGGUUGUUUUUAGGGUCUGAUCGAUGCGAGUGGAACUGACAGGAUAAAGACGUUCAGAUUUAUGCCCUUUCCCUUGUAUCACAGAGCAUUAAAUCGCAUUAAUGGUCAGCAUAUAAAGCUUGGACAGACUUUAAGUGUGUGUUUUACAAUCAUUAUAGAUAAAACACUAUCAUUACAGUCCAAAGUAUUCAUGGCGAGUGUGCCGUUACCACUAAACAGUGUCUGAAAUACAGCGUUCCCUCUAACACACUUUAAAGGGGUGUUUUUAUUUUCUCUGUUCUGUUUGUAUGAUCAGGACCAUGUUAGGCAUUAAAGUUGUAUUGUGUGUGUGUGUGUGUGUGCGUGCGUGUGUGUAAACAAGGCAGCUAAAUCCUCAGUAUAUAGUGUACAGUGAGACUUUCUGAUCUGAACCGGUGCUAAUAACACACACCUGCUGUCUUUAACCCGACCACACCUUCAGCCGUAACGCUUUCAUUCGCCCCAGGUUUGUAUGAUAGAGCACUUGCAUGUGCUUCUUGUGUUGAUAUGACGUGAAUUUGAUCUUGAUCAUAAUAAACUGAUCUUCAAUCCAAA